AUGUCUGCAGUCAGCAUCGAGAACAAGAAGCGAAAGAGGAAGCACGGAAACCGGCUUACAGAAGAUGUCUCUGCGCCUGUCCUCGAGGAAGGCAGCGCGAAGCCACGGUCGAAGAAGACGAAGCGUCAACCCGAGCCAGAGCAGGUAGAGGACGAGUUUCAGAACGGGGUAGAGACUACAGAUAUCGCACCAGCUCCGUCGGAGGGGCUUGACCAAGUUGCCGCCGCUUUAGAUGCACAGCCGGCGUCUGAAGAGGAGGAUGCUGAGGCUCUCCACAACGGAGGAGAGGGCGAGGAUGGAGAGAACGAAGACCAUGCAGACCUACCGACGGACAACGCCGUAUCACUGCCCCAAACCACCGCCGACCCCGAGCGAUUCGACGACCUCAACCUCUCCAGCAAGACGAUGCAAGCAAUCAAAGGCAUGGGUUUCGAGAAGAUGACACAGGUCCAGCGGCGAUCGAUACCCCCUCUACUAGCCGGCAGAGAUGUACUGGGUGCGGCAAAGACUGGUUCCGGCAAGACACUUGCCUUCCUGAUUCCCGCUGUCGAGAUGCUCAGCGCAUUGCGCUUCAAACCGCGCAAUGGCACCGGAGUAAUCGUCGUUUCUCCUACCCGCGAGCUCGCGCUUCAAAUCUUCGGGGUCGCCCGCGAGUUGAUGGAGCACCACAGUCAGACGUUUGGUAUUGUGAUUGGCGGUGCAAACCGCAGGGCGGAGGCCGAGAAGCUGACGAAGGGCGUCAACCUGCUCAUUGCAACCCCUGGACGUUUGCUUGAUCAUUUGCAGAACACGCAGGGAUUUGUGUACAAGAAUGUCAAGGCUCUGAUCAUCGACGAGGCGGACCGGAUAUUGGAGGUCGGGUUUGAGGACGAGAUGCGCCAGAUCGUCAAAAUAUUACCGAAAGAGGAUCGACAGACCAUGCUGUUCUCAGCGACUCAGACUACAAAGGUCGAGGAUUUGGCGCGAAUCUCGUUACGGCCUGGCCCGCUCUACAUCAAUGUAGAUCACUAUGAGGAGCACUCCACAGUCUCUGGGCUCGAGCAGGGCUAUGUGAUUGUUGAAAGUGACCUGAGGUUCAGGCUUCUCUUCUCCUUCUUGAAGAGGAACCUCAAGAAGAAGGUCAUCGUGUUCUUAUCGUCGUGUGCUUCAGUGUCAUACUACGCGGAGCUGCUCAACUACAUAGACCUUCCGGUGCUUGAUCUGCAUGGCAAGCAAAAGCAACAGAAGAGGACAAAUACGUUCUUCGAGUUCGUCAACGCUCCCACCGGCAUCCUCAUCUGCACAGAUGUCGCAGCCCGUGGCCUUGACAUCCCAGCCGUCGACUGGAUAAUCCAGUUCGACCCCCCGGACGACCCACGCGACUACAUCCACCGCGUCGGCCGCACGGCCCGCGGUGCAAACGGCAAGGGCAAAUCCCUCAUGUUCCUUCAACCCUCCGAAGUCGGCUUCCUGCACCACCUAAAAGAGGCCCGCGUCCCCCUCGUCGAGUUCGAGCUCCCCGCCUCCAAGAUUCUAAACAUACAGGCCCAGCUCGAAGCCCUCAUCUCCAAGAACUACUACCUGAACAAGAGCGCCAAGGAGGGCUAUCGCUCCUACCUCAACGCGUACGCGAGCCACUCGCUGAGAUCGGUGUUUGAUAUCAAUAAGCUGGAUCUUGUCAAGGUGGCUAAGAGCUAUGGGUUUAGCGUGCCGCCGCGCGUGGAUAUUACGUUGGGGGCGAGUAUGGGGAGGGAUAAGACGCAGGGACGGCGGGCGUAUGGAAGUCAGCCCGGUCAGCAGAGGGGGAAGGGAGUUAGGCAUGGGGCGAGGCGGUGA